AUGCCUCGCCCAAAGCGCCAACUUCAUGCCACGGUUGAGGAAACCCUCACGCCGCCCGAUACUCUCACAUCCACGCAAGUGAUCGCGCGCAUCACCACAGGCGCCGGCAACAACCUCUACAACGCCGAGCUACCUGACCGCAAGCCCGUCCUCGUCGAGCUCGAGCCAAAGUUCCGGUCUACGAUAUGGAUCAAGCGCGGCAGCUAUGUCGUCGUAGAUACACAGACACUCGCAGAUAGAGACAACAAGAUCGACGGGGAAAUCAUAAAUGUAGUGCGCGACGAGAAAGCUUGGAGGAAAAUGGGAUAUUGGCCGAAGGAGUUUGCCAAGAAGUCGUCGUACGGCGAGGACAGUGACGAGGAAUCGACGGUGGGAAAGCUGCCGCCGUCGGAUUCUGACGAGGAGUAG